UGACGGUCCUGAGGCCAGAGUUCGGGACCAGAUCGGCCGCUGUCACGCUGGUCUAGCCGACGGUGGGGGCUGUGCCCUGGGGAGGCGCUGCGCGGGUUCAGAGCUGGGCGGGACGCGCACAGUGCUGCGGGCGAGCGGGAAGGUCCGGCAGCCGGCCGCUGGAGACUCGCCCUGGCUCUCCAGUCCCCGCCAAGUCCCACAAGCGGCAGUCCCCAGCUACUCUUAGGCGGUCACAUCAGCUCCAACUCUCUCAAACCAUGGAGACGUCAUUGUAGCUGGGGAUGUGUGAGGGAGAACCAAGCAGAGCAGAACACGACAGGGACGAAUUUUCAGCUUUCGAAUUUUACUUCGGGCUUCUGUUCAAAGGCUGGACUCUGGCAAUCGAAGUGUGACCGAGGAGGAUCUCUUCUACCCCCACCUCAAGCGACCGGAACACAGGUUCCCUGGGCAGCUGGGGACGGGACCGACCAGACCAGGCGAUGGCGGACGCAGGCUAAAACAGCCUGGGGCUGCGGGUCAGCGCAGGGCGUUCCCGGGCCCAAGCGGCUGUGGACAGGAAUCCGGGAGGUCUGUGACAAGCAGGGGACAAGGCAGCCACCGUGCAACCCAACCCCGGCGAACGGAAGCUGGCGACUCAGUCAUGGACAGUAGCUGCCUCAACGCGACCACCAAAAUGCUAGCGACUGCUCCAGCUCGGGGCAACGUGAUGAACACAUCCAAACCCUUGGCUUUCUCCAUCGAACGAAUCAUGGCGCGGACCCCUGAGCCUAAGGCCCUGCCGGUCCCCCACUUCCUGCAGGGAGCCGUGUCCAAAGGAGACCCCAAGCACUCCCUGCAUCUCAACCCGUCGAUCCCCUGCAUGAUCCCUUUCGUCCCCGUGGCGUACGACACGAACUCCAAAGCCGGAGUGACUGGCUCCGAGCCCCGCAAGGCAAGUCUGGAGGCUCCGGUGCCGCCCGCGGUGGCGCCCUCCGCUCCGGCGUUCAGCUGCAGCGACCUGCUCAACUGUGCGCUAAGUCUCAAGGGCGACCUGGCCCGCGACGCGCUGCCCCUGCAGCAGUACAAGCUGGUAAGGCCGCGUGUGGUCAACCACUCUUCGUUCCACGCCAUGGGCGCCCUGUGCUACCUGAACCGAGGUGAUGGCCCGUGCCACCCAGCUGCGGGCGUGAACAUCCACCCAGUGGCCUCCUACUUUCUCAGCUCCCCUUUGCACCCACAGCCAAAAACAUAUUUAGCCGAAAGGAAUAAACUGGUUGUCCCGGCCGUGGAGAAGCUCCCUUCGGGUGUAGCUUUCAAAGACCUGUCCCAGGCGCAGCUGCAGCAUUACAUGAAAGAAAGCGCCCAACUUUUGUCAGAAAAAAUCGCAUUCAAAACCUCAGAUUUCAGCCGCGGCUCUCCUAAUGCCAAACCCAAAGUUUUCACUUGUGAAGUCUGUGGAAAGGUCUUUAAUGCGCACUAUAACUUAACCCGUCACAUGCCGGUGCACACAGGAGCCAGACCCUUCGUUUGCAAAGUGUGUGGAAAAGGUUUCCGGCAGGCCAGCACCCUUUGCAGGCAUAAGAUCAUUCACACGCAGGAAAAACCUCACAAGUGCAACCAGUGCGGUAAAGCGUUUAAUAGAAGUUCCACGUUAAACACGCACACCCGGAUUCACGCGGGCUACAAACCGUUCGUGUGUGAAUUCUGUGGCAAAGGAUUUCAUCAAAAAGGGAACUACAAAAACCACAAGCUGACCCACAGCGGGGAGAAGCAGUUCAAGUGCAACAUCUGCAACAAGGCCUUCCACCAGGUGUACAAUCUCACUUUCCACAUGCACACUCACAAUGACAAGAAGCCCUUCACCUGCCCCACGUGCGGCAAGGGCUUCUGCAGGAACUUUGAUCUCAAGAAGCACGUUCGCAAGCUGCACGACAGCAGCCUGGGGCUCACACGCACUCCUACCGGGGAGCCAGGCAGCGAUCCACCGCCCCAGCUGCAACAGCCGCCGCCUGCACCUCUGCCGCCACUGCAGCCUGCGUUGCAGCCUCCCGGGCCUCUGCAGCCCGGGCUUCACCAAGGCCACCAGUGAUGGAGGCCAAAGAUCCCCCACAAUCCCAGCGGGAGGGCCCCCACUGCGGAGGUCGGCAGACUAGGGCGGACCUUUUGGUCUAGGCUGGCCUGCAGAAACCGAGGCACGUUGGGCCCCUCACUUUCUGGCGGACCAGAAGCCUCUACGUUCCUCGGCCUUUCGCCUCUUGCAUGCACCUGCUAAAUGAUUUUGUGUAUUAUAUUCUAUAUAGGCACUAACAAUUAUGAUACAUUUGGAGGGGCUUAUUUCCAUUUUUUUAAGUUGAAAAGACUUCAUCUCGGGUGGAGAGAUGAUUUUUGUUUUGUUCUUAAACAAAUAUCUGCUGUAUUUAUUGAGAUCUGUAUUAUUCUACCCGGGAAUGCUGCACCAUUUUAAUUUUAUUAUUGUAUAUAUUUCCAUUGUGUUGCUUCUGCUGUCUUAAAAUGCCUGCUGAUUGUUCAUAAUUUUCUCCUUCCCUGAAGCAAAAACACAGUGUGUAUGUUCUAUAUACACACAGAUGUGUGUGUCUGUGAAGGCACGUUCAACGUUUGUGAGCACAUGCACACACAUACACACACAUACACGUUAGAUAAGAGUGGUUCAUAAUGAAUGAAUUUGAAUUUUGGUUAUCAUUCUUGCACGUCGAAAGCUGAUUCAUUGACUGUUGGAAAUAAAUACUUGGAACAUGCUUAUUUAAUCA